CAGCUGUUUGCUUUGAUCCCUACUGCUUGCGAAAGGAACGGGGUACACAAGGUUCUCCAUAAGAUUUGUCAAUUGGGCCGACGAUCUUCAAAUAUGGGCCUUGAUCUUCACAUGCGUAUAUUAACCUCUUAGAUUGGAAAAAUACUCAUCUAAUUGCACUCCUCCUAGACUUAGCCUUUCUUUAAAAUCUAAUCGGUCUAGCUGGGCCGGUCUUCUAUUCCCUUAUAAAAUUUAAACAGUUGAGAGCUACUUUUUCUUAUUCUUAUAUUAACCUUGCUCCAUUAAUUUCAAAGCAUAUGGAAAAGCCAUAAUUUGAAAAAAAAAAAUCAGCACUAGCAGAUUAGCUUUUCUCUGGGACACUCAACGCGCUUUUCUUCCUCAGCAUGGCGCCACCGAAACCGCAUAGUACGAGCCAACACAGAAGACUUAGUCUGUCGCCAACACGUUCGCAGAAGAGUAGUUAUGCAUUCACAUCUGGUCGGGCCGCGAGCCCCUCGCCAUCGUUGCCACUCAAAUCCUACCGUCAGAGGGAGAGGCACAUCUGAGGUAUGAGUUCCCCAAGGGGAUUCUUCAUUCAACCAGGCCUAGUCGGAACGCCAGUACAUUGUUCAAAUCUCCUCGACCAAGCCACCAGGAACCCAGGUGCAGCCAUAGGCACCGAGAAGAGAACCUUGUAGGAGCCGUCACCGGAGGACUCCCUGGCCCGCUUGGCCAACCUUCACGCCAUCUAGAGAAACUGGUUAUGGGUUCAUCUGCUGAUGCUGGCUCCUCAGGAAAUGGGCGUCAUCAUCCACAUGGCGGCAAAACCAGGGUGGCCCGAUUGCAUACAAACAGGUGUGACCAGAACCCUAGGUCACCCUUCUCAACUUCGCACGAUGGAGACCAUGAGGCGGCCAUGUCCCGCUGUUUUAGGUAUCCCCCUCACGAAGGCAGCACUGCUAGGUCGGAGCUAGCCGGAAGAGACACAUGUCACUGUGAUGUUGACGUGCCUACAAGAGAAGAUCUACAAAUGGUGGGACCCUUGAGCUCAAUUGAAGGGAAACGUGCAAGCAACGCAGGCUUGGGGGCGACCAUGAGUCUAUGCACCACCAGCGUAACGAGAGCAGUGCUCGAUCGCAGUUGGUUGGGAAGGAUGGAUGGUGUCGCUCCCCUACACGGAUUUUUUUGAAUGUUGAGGCUGAAAAGCUUGCUAAAGAGGAUAUACGAUCGUUGAGAUUUCCGAGGUCAGUCGUAAAGGCACAUGCGGGUGGCGGGAUCAGCUGACCUCUUGUUGACUUGCAUGAUCUGUCAUGACCAACUGGCGUGCAUGAGAGACCCGGGCUUGAGGCAAGGGUUGGACUCCUGCCCAUAUAUCCGGGACCCCAUAGAGCAAUGUGCUUAGUAAAAUUCCAGGGCAAAUUGCAGGGGAAUUCGACUUGGCAUCGGGUCAUCUAGAUGAGAUCCAAAAGCUCUCAGAUGAUGGGUCAGCACAAUUAGAUAGUGAUGGGGACCCGAACUACCACACGAUGCGACAUGUUGAGACAGUGAGACAGUCGCAACCUACUUGCACAACAGAAGACUUGAGGUUGGUGGAGCGCCUGGUCGACCAUGAUUGCACCCUUGCACUUCGAGGGCGUACUAGCAAUUUCACUGUUGGGAUAUUGACCUAGAGGCCCAAUACCCGGAUCAAGAAAACCCAAGAUACCCGGCCCAAGCAACGGGCCCAUCACUAUAUGAUAAAUAGAUCCAGUAAAGAAUUCAUGCCGAACGAGAUUCGGCCCAAAUAAAGGUUGGCCCAGUAAGAAGACAUACCGAACGGGGUUCGGGCUAUAUAUCAUACUUGGGCCAAUUUGACAGCGUCUUCAGCAUAGUCCAACAUCCCGUUCGCGCAACGGACAACCGGCAAGUGGCCAGGUGCAAUUAAUGCCAGAUUAUGACAUCAGCAAAUGGAAACAUGGGUGACCAAGUCGGUGGAGCAACAUCCAAUCAGCACAGGGCAGCCCAUGUUCUCUAUUAGUAUAAAUAGAAGGUUUAACAUCAUUGUAAGGGUUAGCAUUUCAAUACUCAGGCUCUAGAAUAGCAUCAUUGCUCUUGUUUCUUGUAUUAAAGUAUUGUUUCCGACCUACCGAUCGGGAAAUUCCUUGUAAUCAG